CGCAUAGAAGAGCUUGCCGCAGCGCAGUCGCUGUAGUCGGGGCUGGGCUGGCAUAUAAAAAGAAGGCGUAAGGCGCCACAGUCAGCCACUACGCGGUCGGCAGCGAAGAGUCCACUUUUCUGACGGUUGCUCGAAACCAAGGCAAAAUGGCUGGCUGUGCAGUUCUAAUUUUGGUGCUGUUCUUGGGCACACCCCUGUUGCAUGUUGUCGGCACGCAGUUAGUAGAGCUCCAACCGAUCAACAGUGGUCCGACGGUAGCUCCGUUGGGCUGCCAUCGACGCGUAUACACAUACAAGGUGACCCAAUCCGAUUUGCUGGGACAUGAGUGCUGGGAUUAUGUGAGCGUUUGGUCCUGUUGGGGGCGUUGUGACUCUAGCGAAAUAUCGGACUGGAAAUUUCCAUACAAACGCUCAUUUCAUCCAGUAUGCGUGCACGCCCAGCGGCAGCCAGCGGAAGCUAUACUCAAGAACUGUCACCCCGAAGCCGAUGAAGGCAUAAGCAAGUAUCACUACAUGGAGGCGGUGAACUGCCACUGCCAUACAUGCUCCACACAGGACACCAGCUGCGAGGCUCCAGCUAAUAACGUGCUAGACGAGGGCAGCAAGGCUGUCAAAGUCUUGACCCUCACUGGAGCCGAUUCCGUGGACCUUGACUAUUAGACGAAUGUACAUAAACUGGUUUAUGGUUCAGUGUAGUGCAGUACGGGGGCUUCUUUGGUUACAAUAAAAUAUACUUUACAGCACGUUGCAUUUAAAGCACA